GAGGAGGCAAAACGAAGUCGUUUGAGGAGGCGGUUCCCCCUUCCCCGUUCUCGUGUGGGAUGAGUAGUCAAAGCAUUUAAGAGUCGCACAGAGCGCAUCAACUCUCAUUCUCAUUCUUUCCACAGCCAUGGCUAUGGCUAUGCAAAGCGGAAUCGGAAUCUCCAAGAUCCUCAUCAUAGCUGGAGCAGGUUACACCGGCACCGUCCUCAUCAAAAACGGAAAAUUGUCCGAUUUGAUCGGCGACCUUCAGUUGCUUGUGAAGGGAUUGGAAAAAUCUGGGGAUCAGGCUGAAGGUGAAAGUGAAUAUGCUGAUGCCAUAGCUGCUCAGGUGCGCCGUUUAGCAAAUGAAGUUCGGCAGUUAUCAUCAAGCAGGCCAAUCACAGUACUGAAUGGGGGUUCUGGACAAAGUAAUUUUUCAUCCCUUGUCGUUCCAGCUGCUGCUGUGGGUGCUUUGGGUUAUGGUUACAUGUGGUGGAAGGGUAUUUCAUUCUCAGAUCUUAUGUAUGUGACUAAACGGAAUAUGGAAAAAGCUGUUGCAGAUUUAACAAAAAAGUUGCAGCAUGCCUCAGAUGUCAUUGCUGAUGCCAAGAAGCAUUUGACCCAGAGAAUUCAGAAUUUAGAUGACAAAAUGCUCAAGCAGAAUGAGUUGGCACGGUCAAUUAAGGAUGAGGUUUCUGGGGUUCGAAGUACUAUCACUAAUUUUCAUGAUGACUUGGGUCUCUUGCAACAAACGGUGGAAACAUUGGAUGAAAGGCUGGCUACCUUGAGUUAUAAGCAGGAUUAUGCAAAUCAUGGAUUGGCAUAUCUCAUCGACUUUGUACAUGGAAAAGCACGGAAAAUGCCUGAAAGUUUGCAGCUGGAGAAACAGAAACUUCCAGGGAAGUCCCCCAAUUUGCUCACAUAUAAAGGAACUCCAAAUCUGAAGGGUCUUAAAGACAUUGCAGAAACUUUGUCUAUUGGUUUAGACAGGUCAGCUUCAGAUACGAUCAUGCCAGAUGGUAUGGAUAAACUAGAGCUGCAACGAAGGCCAUUGUUGAGGACUACUUCAACCAGGUGUUGAUGAUAAAGUCUAAGAUCAUGAUUACCAAGCUUUUAAGGAAGCGUUCCUCGGCUUUCCUUGUUUUUAUUCAGCAGUAGCUCAGUUCACUUGUUCAUGAUAAAUCUUAACAUACUUGUGAUUGCAGUUGUGAUUUUCACAUCAAGUUUUUAUCUAUACAUAGUAUUAAUAGACUGGAUAACAUUUAAUAAUCUAGUUAGUGAAUAGUGAUUCUAUGUUGUAAAUAAAAUUUUGCUGUCAAAGUGUAUAUUGGUUUGGUGCCAUCAGCUUAUGCGAGUCGCUUUUGGCGUAUGAUUCAUGACUUCUGUCUUCAUGAAUUAGUGAUUUAUUAUGAACAUCAUCGCCAGCUUUAUAUUAUAUCACACGUCAACAUUUUGUG